AUGACACAGUUAUCCGUGCAAAGUAUUGACAAUUCGUGCAUAAACCCGAACCUGGCCACUUGCCCCGCUUCGUCUAGGGGUAACUCCGAUGUGUUGGACCUGUCGUGUGUCUUGACGGCGACCUGUGGCAUCGACGAUCACUCUCGAUGUCAUACCGCCCGGAGCGAUUGGCCCCACUCGAUCAUUGUUUCGACCACCUGUUCUGAAGAAGAGGGAUCGGCCGAAGAACCAGCUGCUCCACAUCUGGGGAUGCAGAAGAUCAUCGAUCAGAUCAAAAGAUAUCUAGAAGGAGCCUCGGAUCUGGAAUGGUUGAAAUGGACAGCGGCACAAUUACCUCGUUGCGACAUCAAGAGCCGAGACAUCGAAUGGAAACCACUAGAAUGUUCCGGUUCCGUGUUGAUUCUUGUCGGUAUCAUAGCUGGGACGAUCUGUUGGAUUGGUCGUCCAUACUACAGGCAGUAUGUUCGAAAAUGCCGUCGGCGUAAGCUUGAGGCCCGCCUUCGUGAGCUUAAGAACGAAAAGGAUAAGAAUCGAUACGACGUCGACCCCUCCAGCUCGGAACCAGACUGGUCCUCGGAGGACGAAAAUGGGGGCGCAAAGUCAGGUGUGAGCGACUCCAGUGCAGAAGCCUCGAUACCGACGAAACGACGGCAUUCCACUGGAACUACUACAGUAGACGAAACACUCGUUGCUGGCCAGACUUCAUUGUGUCUUGUUGAGUCUAGAAGACCGGGAACGACCUAUUUCAGUGCCAUAUCGACCUCCAAUGGUGUCGCCCUGAAAGCAGAAACUUUUUACAAUGGCAAGAUGAUCGGCUACCAGAUCAGACAGAUUCCUUUCGCUGAAAGUCACGAGUCCAAUGACAUCUCCGCUCUGUUAAGCCAAUGUCCCCUUCUAGACAACUGGCACAGUCAAACGAUCUGCAAUUAG